UUGACAGCGAGCAUAAAAAGGACAUGUACCCCGGCCGUUAUAACGACACAGCUACUUAGCUAGCUAAUUAGCUAGCUCGUAGACUUCAUUGUCCACAUAAAUCAUUGAGAAUCAAUGGUUUUAUUUAUCAUAAAUUGCAGUAUAUAUGUAGUGAUUUAGUCAUUUCGAUGGCGUCCAAUGGCCACGAACGUGACGAUGAAAAUAUCGACGAAGACGAAACGCCCACGAAGCAGCCGCGGUCCGACAAUGAGAUGCCCGGUUGUUUCAGAAACGAGCCCAACAAUGAGGCAGCCGCGCCCGCAGGAAGAGCCACAUCCGACCGGCGGACCUCCAACUCGACGGCGAGGCAUCGGAGCGACUCGGUGAAGAAAACAAGGCCGCCAUUUCCCUGGUUUGGGAUGGACAUUGGAGGCACUCUGGUGAAGCUGGUGUACUUUGAGCCCAAAGACAUCACAGCAGAGGAGGAGCAGGAAGAGGUGGAGAACCUGAAGAGCAUCCGGCACUACCUAACCUCCAACACCGCCUAUGGUAAAACAGGCAUCAGGGACGUGCACCUGGAGCUGCAGGACCUGACGCUGUGUGGCAGGACCGGCAACCUGCACUUCAUCCGCUUCCCCACGCAUGAUUUGCCGGUUUUCCUGCAGAUGGGCCGCAACAAGCACUUCUCCAGCCUCCACACCACCCUCUGCGCCACAGGAGGGGGGGCAUACAAGUUUGAGGCUGAUUUCCGCACGAUGGCGGACCUGCAGCUUCACAAGCUGGAUGAGCUGGACUGUUUGAUUCGGGGGGUGUUGUACAUCGACUCGGUGGUGUCCAGCGGACCCUCAGAGUGCUACUACUUUGAAAACCCCACUGACCCAGAUCGCUGCAUCCAGAAGCCGUACACACUGGAGAACCCCUACCCUCUGCUGCUGGUCAACAUAGGGUCAGGGGUCAGCAUCCUGGCCGUUUACUCUGAGAGCAACUACAAACGAGUUACAGGGACCAGCCUCGGCGGUGGGACCUUCCUGGGCCUGUGUUGCCUGCUGACCGGCUGCUCUACUUUCGAGGAAGCUCUAGAAAUGGCUUCUGAAGGGGAGAGCACCCGAGUGGACAAGCUGGUCCGGGACAUCUAUGGAGGCAACUAUGAGAGGUUUGGGCUGCCAGGCUGGGCUGUAGCCUCAAGUUUUGGCAACAUGAUGUCCAAAGAGAAGAGGGAGUCGGUGUCCAAAGAGGACCUGGCCAGAGCAACACUGGUCACCAUCACUAAUAACAUCGGCUCCAUCACCAGGAUGUGUGCACUCAAUGAGAACAUCGAGAGAGUUGUGUUUGUGGGGAACUUCCUGAGAGUGAACACCCUCUCGAUGAAGCUGUUGGCCUACGCCAUGGACUACUGGUCUAAAGGACAGCUCAAGGCGCUCUUCCUGCAACAUGAGGGUUACUUCGGAGCGGUUGGAGCCCUGUUGGAGCUUCUGCAUCCGUCCUAAUCUGUCCACACUACAUCCAAAGAAGCACAUGUCAAUCUGCUGCAAAGACCGUUAGCACUUUAGACUGUCCAGAACUAAUUCCACAGCGGGAUGUUAUGCCAGCCACCAGCCAGUUACUGGUACAUUUUGGUUGUGACAGGCAGGUUGUCAAAUAUUUGGAGGUCCUAUUAUUAUAUUUUUAAAAACCAAGCUGGUUUGUAAAAUGGGUGAAUGAUUCUUCUGUUUUGGUCAGUGGACAGAAGUCUGUUUUGUGCCCUUACCAAAGUUGAAUGCAGCAAAGUCAUUGUCACUCACAGAAAUGACUUGAUUUGUUCUGAAACAUCUCGUGGAAAUUCACCAUGGUUGCCUGAAAUACUUAAAUACUUAAAGUAACUCGGCAUCAGAUCGUCUUGUGAAUUGCACUCACCCUUCAGCGGGUAUCAGGCCCUGGGGCAAAUAUUUUAAAUACUUUUUCUAUGGUUUAUUUUUCCCUACUUUGGUACCAGGUGGAUGGUUGGACUGUAGGGUACGCGUUUAUGUGAUGGGUGUGAAAAAGCAAAAUUCAUUCGUCCAAAGACGACUUCUUUCAAAAGCUUUUUUUCUGAUUAUAAACCCAAAUAUAUGAAGGUUACUAUCCUAUAAGACAGACAUGUAAGAAAUCUUCAUCUUCCAGAAGCUACAUACCUGUAGUUCUAAAUAACAACAAACAGGAAAUCAAACAACGCUGGUUAAUCUUAUAAAAGUCAUGAACGAUAUCUUUAGAUUUUAGAUGAUUGAACUAUAAACAAACACUAACAUUUAAAGGCCUCACUAACUUCUUCAGCUGAGGAUUUCCGUGUGCUGUCACAUGACUGUCGGGCAGUAUAUUGUCGUGCUAGUACUCCAUUCAUCUGGUACUCUUAGUAAUCUGAAACAAAGCACUGAGAAUGACCACUUAUCAUUCGUGUUUCAUCACCCUUGAGAAUCACUCAUUGUCACGAAUUGGAUUUAAAAUGAAGGUGUGAAUGAAACGAGCAGAUUUCCCUCACUGGGUGUUGACCCACAUUUAAACUUGCAUUUUAGUCUUUCUUUAUUGACACCAUAUUUGUUACAAAUUCACAAUUUCAUGAGAUUUAUUCUUGAAUGGAGACAUUAACUGUUACUGUUGUAAAAUGUGUAUUAUUUAUACACUUUUUCCCCAAAUGAUAUCUUAAGAUUUUAUGAAUCCAAUUGUUUCAAGCCAACGUUAUUACUUCAAGCUGUGUUUUUGCAACAGUGCUGGUAUCAGGAAAUCUGGACAAUCAGUUUCUGGGUUAGUGAGACUACACUGUAUAGUAUAAAUGAUAAUUUAAGUCUGUUCUGACCCCAAACCUCUUUCCUGCUGAAGUGCCCUUGAGCCACUGCAUCCCUCUCCUUGUAGAGAGAAAUCAGAGCAAUUGAAAAGAUUAUAAAUAUAAAAGUUGGGGUAAAAUUAGGGCAUUAUAUCCCUGAAUCCCCCCCAGAUUUAAUAAAAUAAAUAAAAAGUUGAUGCAUCCCUCCAAUGGAGGUUUUACGUCCUGUGACACUAAACCAUUUUCUUCUUCAGUAUGUACGUACUUAAAUAUUUAAUGUUUUGGAUUGAUUGUAUGUCUUGGGUCAGGUUUCCUGAAGCUUUUUGUUUUUCAAAAGUCAUUUAGCAAGGUAGAACUUGAAAAAUAUUCAACUUUGUGUCUCUGAAGUGUGUGUUAUUGUCCCAUCAUUUCAUUUAAUGCUUAUCCGUCCCAUUUAAAUGUCAUUUAUUUGUUGUAUCUGUCGAUUUGACCCCAACAUAUUUGGAAAUUCAAUUGACAGUUUUCCAGCUGUCAGUUACCACAUGAUUUAUCUGAACGUCGUUUAUACAGUAAAUUGAUCUUGAAUGAAGUGCCUGUCAUGUUUUUGUAUAGCAUACAAUAAUAUGUUCAGCAAUGGGGAUUUAAAAUGAGACAACAUUACACUGUAAUUCUAUCGGUUUCUCUCUGUUGGUCACUUGUAAUGUUACAUUGCAAGAACAACUGUACUUUUUUUGUGAACGUCAUUACAAACUUUCUUACUGCAUUGUCCCUAUUAAAUACACAUUUUUCAUAUCUUUCUGACAA